ACUCAGACUGAGCACUGUUCAAUGGCGAAAAGAUAGAACAAGAAUCAUCACUUUGAGUUUUACGUGCUCCUCUAUGAUUAUAUCAUAGAAAUGUUGAUCUGUCCCAUUAGAUAACACGUUAGGGGAAUAGUUUAUUAAUUUUCUCUGAGAUCAAAACCCGACUGGAAGAGCAAUGCUUCUUACAACAUGGACGCCAAACAACAGCUCAUAUCGUUUUAUGGAAUGUGGUAUCAGAUAGUUUUAUGGUGCCUGGCUGCUUCAGUGUUUAUCCACUGUAUAGCUGCUUGUGUGGCUUGUAGAGCACUUCGUAGGCAUCCAAGAGGAAGAUUUUUCCCUCUAGUUAUAAUAUUUAUUGGUUUUUUAUACCCAAUCACUGGAGGAGUUGUUACAAGUGCAACUAUAGCAGCUGUUUAUAGGGCAGCAAAGUUUCCAAUGACACUUUAUUCGGCUUUUUUAUGGGGAGCAGGACAAUCAUUUAUUGGAUUCUUGAUAUCAUAUUCAAGAAUACUUGCAACAUUAUGAUACAGAUAUACCAAUAUCAUUGGACAGUUAACUUCAYGAUGUGAUAUAUGACAUCAUGAGAAGUGGAAUUCAACUGAAGUUUAAAUUUAUACUUAUAAAAAGACUGAUUAAUGUGAUUUAUCRAUGAAAAUAAUCAAAGAACAAAGAAAGCUGGAUUUCUUAAUUAUGACAAUAAAUUCAAAUGGAGUACCAUUGCAAACCAAGAGAAUGAACCAUUGCAAUAAUAUCUAUUGCAUUUUAAAUGUCAUUCAACAAAAUAAUCUUGUGACAGCAAUGUUGUGUGAUGCAGUAUUCACRUUGCCCUAGCAAGAUUCGCUCAAUAAAUGAAUGCAAUGAAACUUACUCUGGGACAAAGAGAUYAAUAUUAACUUUUACUACAGUUAAUUGUGAUGACAAGAUGCAAGUUACACAUGGAUACAAUGAGCAGAUUAUUUUAGAAGAAAUGCUCUACUGAUAGGAUUCCAUAAGCAAGCAUAUUAUCAAAACAAACUGCAAUUUCCAUGCACAUCMUUGUCUUGGUCAUAACGAACAGAGCAUUGAACAAGAAGUAUGCUGGUGACAGAGCUUCAAUUAAUACCGAAUGUGUUAUACUGUCUUAUUCACAAUGUGGAGUCAAGCAUCUACUUUCUAAUUAUUUAAAAGUACAAAAGUGAACAUGAAUUAAUCAAAUCUGCUUAUUAGUGAAGAACAAUCAGUAAUUAUGGUUAUUAUUGCAAAAAAAAUAAGUAAAUGUAGUGGAUACAAAAAAUGUUGAUGUUUGGCAAUGAAAUUUGUCACAUACUGCAAUGUUUCUCGACAGGUGGCUAAACURAGAAACAKUGAGGAUUCAUGUUGUAGUUGACAAUGCAKUAUCACUGUAUUCUGGUUAAGCCAGGACUUCAUGCUCAAAAGAGCAUACCAUAAAAUUUAGAGUUGCAUAAUUCCACCUAGUCAUACUAGUCAUAACUCAGUCCUCCAUUCCUUGAUCUGUAUGUAUUGGAAGGCAAAGCAAAAGAUAAUGAUAUUUGAACUGAAAUAAUUGCCAAAAUAAAAUGGUUAUUUGAAUAGGCAAUGUGCAGGGACCCCAUUUUCAGCAACAAAACAUGAAAUAGUCCUCACACUUAGUUAUGUGUGAUAAAACAGUCUAACUAGGCCAUAUUUUCGAAAACAAUAGAAGUGACUGUGAUCUUUCUACAAAAUAAAACAGUAAAACAGACAAAUAUAAUUCCCUUAAUCUUUUGUACUACAAAMUGGACUCUCUGCUUAUUGCCUAUCCUGUGGUAGCUGUUAAAAGAGUUGUAUGAGUUCACCAAAGCCAUUGUCAAUUCACCUCAUUUCUAGUGAGGAAACACAAUCAGAUAGCAAAAAAUGUGAACUAAAAAUGAUUUUAGAUGCAUGUAGAUACUUUCUGCUAGUGAGAGGAAGGCAGCAGUCGAUCCAUUGGCUACGGGAGACCCUAGUCACUAGCAGCGAAGUGUAAAUGUUCAAGUGAAAACUUUUCUAAAUAUAGCCAUUGUAAAUCUUUGUUAAAAUUUCUUAUAAAAAUUGAUUCAUGGAUUAACCUUUUGUACAUAGUAAGUUCAGCACUAAACUAAUGAUGAUAAUAAAAAUAUGUAAAAAUGCAA